CUCCCCGGAAUAAAUAUGAAAAAGGCAACAGUGAUAACUCUUCUGAAACUGAUAGCAUUUCCUCUUCCAACAUUAAAUUUAUAGGUGGAAGACCUUACUUUAAUGAAGAAACAUCUGUUUAUUUUUUACCUACAGAUUGGGAAGAAGCAGAUAGAAUUCAAAUGGAACAUUUUGCAAUGAGACAUGCUUUUGGUGGCAAUUAUACCGCACCUCUAUCUGAAAUUAUAAAACCUGGAAGCAAAAUUUUGGAUAUUGGUUGUGGUUCUGGUCACUGGAGCUUCGAAAUAGCACAAGAUUUUCCUGAUGCAAAUGUUUAUGGAGUAGAUAUCUCUUCAACAUUUCCGGUUAGCAUAAAACCUAAAAAUUGUCAUUUUCAAACCUGUAAUAUAACCGAAGGUUUACCAUUUAAAGAUGAAGAAUUCGAUUAUAUUUUUAUGAGAUAUAUGAUAUUUGCUUUGAAAGAUCAUCAAUGGACUUAUGUAUUAAAUGAAAUAAAAAGAAUUUUAAAACCAGGUGGUGUCUUUGAAUGCGUAGAUCGUGAUGUUCUUCCAUUUAGGGCAGGCAAAACCAUAACUGCUUUUGUUGAAAAAUCUCAAACCAAAUUAUAUAAACAAAGAGAAAUUGAUAUUCGAUUCAUAAUAAAGCUUGAACCAAUACUUAAAGAAAUGGGAUUUCAAAAUGUGACUUGUUCACAUAAGCACAUACCUUUUGGAAAUUGGGGUGGUAAAAUUGGUGAAAUAUGGAGACUAAAUUAUUUAAAAAUGGCUGAAACUCACAGAAUAGUAAUGCCUGAAAUUUUAGGUAUAACUGUUGAUGAGUGGGAUAGUGUAUGUGCCAAGAUAGAUAAAGAACGUACUGAAAAUCAAGAAU